GUUCCUGUGCGUCUCCACACACAGCCGUGACCUUGGUCAGCGCCUGAACUAAACUGGCGGGUUUGGGAUGGAGUGUUUGCCGCAAGGUCUUCCUGAAACCUAGUUUUGUUUGUGUCUGCCUUAUCAUUUGUCUGUGCUGGAAGGUUCUCCGGCACCAGCACGCACUGGCUUCCUCACACACUAGAGGGAGACAGUGAGACAAGAACUGCUUCUCUAACUGGCCAAUUUUUAAAACAUUUUUUUGUAACAGUGAAAUGGCCAAAUUGUUUAGUACAGUCAACACUAUUUAACAAACCUCCAUUUUGCUGCAUUUGCAGCAUUUAAAGCUACAAAGCAAGCAAAUGCUAACGCUCACGCUAGCACGUGCAAACAGCUGCUGUUAGCUCUGAAAGUGAGCUAACCGUUUUAGCUUCACUCAACAUGUAGAACAGUAAAGGAGUCUUUAGAAAGAAAUACUUGGACCUUUGAAAAUUAAGCUUUACUUUCUCCAGCAUGUUUCUCUGUUAGCGGCUGGUUAUUUUUAGGACACUUCCCUGGUGGUGGUGAGUUAUUUUGUCCUCUUUAAUUGUUGUUUCCUGGUACUGAACAUUUGUCUUGGUGUAAUCCAUGGUCCCAUCAAAACAAAGACCCAUGAUGCAUUGCGAAAUCAUGGAACUUUUUGAGCCCCAUUCUUUGUAGGGCUGGAACGGCUAGUCAGAAACUAGUGAUUGGCCAGAAUAUUGCGUUGGAUGUGCCCCAACUGUUUGGUCUUUACACUCGUGAAAUGCAUCUAUUGUCCCCCAUUUAUCCAAAGAGGGGAAGCCACUGAAGCACAGGCUCGUAUCCAUCACUUGUUGUUGUUUUGACACGGGGCUCCUGUGACUCAAACUGGACACUAUUUACAUGGCAAGAGACUCUGGUCCGCACAGGGUCUGGAGAUGAUCAGCAGUAAAGUCCCGGUCCUGGAGGCGGUGAACGGCAGCACCGUCAUGCUGCCCUGCUCCUACUCCAGCUGCAUCGGCAUCGAGAAGCUCUACUUCAACUGGCAGUUCAACAACAACGGCACCAUGGUCAAGCUGUGCGAGGCGGUGAUUCCCUCCGAGGAGUCGGUGCCGAAUGUCAAAGUGUUUAAGGAGCGAGUGGAGUUCAUCGGGAAUAACCACAACAACAACCUGUCCAUCCUGCUGUGGAACAUCACCUUCGAAGAUGGAGGGCAGUACACCUGUUACGGGAUGAACCCCAAGGAGAAAGAGAAGAACCACAGCGCCAUCUUCAGACUCAUUGUGGUGGACGAGUUGAGAGUGGUGGACAACACGCUGACCAUCAUCAUCGCCUCCACAGUGGGCGGCGCCAUCGCGCUUCUCAUGGGCUUCAUGCUGCUGAAGAACUUCACGCUCUUUGUCAUGUCCAAGAUGGAGGAGAAAAAGCAAGUGCCUCCACACGGUAAAAAUCCUCCCUCCUGGCCUCUCAGCGUCCGUGUCCUGUCUUCACAGUAAGGAGUGCCUUGUGACGUCAUCAGGCAUCGACAACACAGAAAACGGCCUCUCGGGAUCCAAAGUGGAGCCCAAACCCACACCGAAAAAGAAAUGAGAGAUUCUGCGCAUGGUUGAAAUGCAUUCAUUUUGAUUUCCCUGCUUCGGAGCAAUAUUUAGAUUUAACAGUGCCUGGCUGUGUGUUACAUAUCUAUAGGGGGCGCUCUUGCAAAGGCUGAGGAGAAGUCAUUUUUAUUUAUUUAUUUUUGCUCAGGACACUGAGGAUUAGAUCUCACUUGCUUUUAAUGCACUCAUUCGGAGCCCUGGAAGUGACUUGCAUGUGUUUAUUUAUUUGGAUGUGACAUGCAUGACUUUAUUUUUUUCAUCUCAAGAUAAAAGUUAACUCGAGAUUUUUAUCUUGAGAUAAAUAAAUAAAUAAAGUCAUGCAUGUCACAGGGCUCCGUACAUUAUAUAUCAACAAUUAUUUAAGUCUUAUGUGUCGCCAUAGCAACUGUGAUUUAUUCUCUUUUAUCACGUUUGGCAUUAAAAUUGCAACAUGAUAAAGAGUCAUAAUUGAAAUUUUAAGAAGAUCUAGUCUCAUUUCAGCAGAAGAUUAUGUUCAUGAAAGCUCUAAACAAAAAGUCCACUGGAACGUGUUUGAAACACAGUAAAAAUACAUAUUCCCUUCUGCAGGAAAUGCAUGCAUUUGUUUUCUGGGUUUCAUUUCACUGAUAAUUUGAAGCGUUUCAGGAGUCAAAACGGCCAGAUUCAUCUCAAGCUGGGCUGCUAUUUUCUACUAACCCUUUUUAACUCGCCGUCGUGUACAUACGUCAUGUGACCUAGGAAGCCCGAGGGGAUCCGCCCAGCUUCUACACGCUUGAAGUACUACGCUACAGUGCCUGUUCAUGGGAGAAAAAGCUUGAAACAAAGGAGCCAAAAUAACUUUCAGCCUUAGAUCAAACCAUAGAUGCUGCUUUGAGAAGCAAUGAAUAAUUGCAUGUCAAUUUCAAAUGCAGCGGCUUAAGUGUUUAACUAUUAAAAUAGCAGGGGGAGAUGGCUCGUAGUCGGUGUUCGUCGUGCCUAUUGGUCACAGCUUCCUCAGUGAUAGAAGCUUGAUGAAGAGGUUUUUAUAUCCAGCUGUGGCUUUACUACUGAACAAUCUCUUUGCACACCUGCAGUCGCAAUAAUAUAUAGCCAGCAGCUCAGUGAAAACGUCAGACGUGAAUGUGACAGACGCGGUUGUCCCCGUUGUAUUUUGCACAGUUUGGUGGCCGGCUGCAAACAAAUACCUCCAGUGUGUUUGGGGAGAGCAGUGACGCCUCCGCGUGGUGUAGAGCACUUUAGAUUGUGUGAGUUUUGUGUACUUGUGAUGCUCCGGCUGAGGAAAACCAAAGCCUGAGGUGACUGCUCCCACCUAUGAAUGGAUGUGUCCAGGCUCGGCAAGUCAGGACUCAGUGGUGCCUUGUUUGUUGCUUUCAUCUGGCGUGAGAUGAGCAGGUAGCAGUUCGGGUGAGUUGUGUUCAAGCUUCUCAUGAGGAUGAAGAGAGUAGAUGGUGAAAUGCAAAUCGUGGGAAGCAUAGCUUUAUUAAACCUGACUUGACCAAACCUAGUUUAACCCCUGACCCUGCGCUGACCUUCUGUUUAGCCGAACAGUUCUUCUUCUCCUUUGUCAUGAGAAAUAUCAUCAGUGACUGAAAGUUGGAGGGAAAAACAUGUCCACUCUGGCUUGGGAAUGUCUCGCGCUCCGUCAGAGUCAGCUGAACUGGCUCAGACUGUGAGAGAUGGUCUCAGGUUGGAAACCAUCCUGAGCCAUCGCUUGUUUCCUCUGUGCACUCUGGUUUCCUCCCACGGUCCCAGGAUUGAACAGAGCUGAACUAAAGAUUUUAUGUGUCCUUAUGAGUGAGAAAGUCCCUGAGGCGUCUACGUUAUUGCCGCCAUGUGUUAGAAUGCAGGGUCACUGACAACAGUGGUAGGAAUGUAGAGAAACGCAGCAGCUUCAGUGGUAUAUCUCUAUAUUGAACUGUACUCAAGGAGAAACGCACUUUAAUGCAACAUAUUGUAUGUAUUUCCUCUCCUGACUGUUUUUAAGUGGAGUCUAAGCGCGUCUCUUUUCAUGAUCAAUUUCAGCAAUAUUUUCCUGUUUUUAUGUCCAGCCUCUGGAUGAUCUACAAGUGUCAGUCUAUAUAUAGCUGUGUGGAUUUCACCUUUAACUUCUUAGCCCUCUUGUAUUAGUAGGUUUGAUCGUGUUAAAAUUGGAGUUAAUGUGGCUGUCCACAGUGUCCAGAAUGAGUUCAGUGACUGAGCUCAGUGCGCGUUCAGUGUUGCACAACUGUAGUUCAAAAACAGCUUUUCAAUGAAUGAGAAUGUUUGUAAAGAGCAGUGUAUUCACUCACUUUUGUUCAUGAUGCAAUAACACUUCCUGAGUCGCCACUAGCUUCUGUUUUCCCCUGUCGCUCAGUAAUUCAAAUUAUUACGUCAGCAGACUCUGCUCGAACUUGCACCGGCAUCUGACUUGAGGUUGCCACGUCGACCUCUCUGGAAAGCUCCUGGUGUGUUGAACACAGAGAAUCAUUAAAUGUUGGAACAGAA